AUGGAGGCCCUCUUGAAUUUCGACAAAGAGCUGGACAUUGCAUUGCUUGAUAGGAUCGUCCAGACAUUCUACACAGGUUCAGGCGCGCAGCAAAGAGAAGCCCAAACCAUUCUCUCUCAGUUCCAGGAUCAUCCCAACGCGUGGACUAAAGUGGAUGCAAUCUUGGAAGGCAGCUCCAAUCCACAGUCAAAGUUUAUUGCCCUUAGCAUACUCGACAAGCUCAUUACAACGCGCUGGAAAGUCCUCCCGAAGGAGCAAUGUCAGGGCAUUCGCAAUUACAUUGUGUCUGUCAUGAUCAAGACUUCGAGUGACGAAGCUCUCAUGAAUAAGGAAAAGACCUACCUGAAUAAGCUCAACCUGACGCUUGUCGCGAUACUCAAGCAGGAUUGGCCCAAGAAUUGGCCGACAUUCAUUCCUGAAAUUGUGCAGGCCAGCAAAACCAACUUGUCGCUGUGCGAAAACAACAUGGUCGUGCUCAAGCUACUGUCAGAGGAGAUCUUUGACUACAGCGCCGAGCAGAUGACGCAGCAAAAGACCAAGAACCUCAAGAACCAGAUGGCGUCCGAAUUCUCAGAAAUCUUCCAGCUGUGCUCGGAAAUUCUCGAGAAAGCGCAAAAGCCUAGUCUCAUCAAGGCCACCUUGGAAACCUUACUACGCUUCCUCAAUUGGAUUCCGCUUGGCUACAUUUUUGAAACGCCCAUCAUCGAGACCCUGCGCAACCGAUUCCUCGAUGUUCCGGAGUUUAGAAACAUCACGCUCAAGUGCUUGACUGAGAUUGCAGGACUUCAAGUCGUCUCGCAAUACGACGACAAGUUUGUGGCAAUGUUGAACAUGGUGAUGCAAUCCAUGAGCAAUAGCAUCCCACUGCAAACAAACUUUAAGGAUGCGUACGAAGCCGCCAGCUCACAGGAUCAAGAUUUAAUUCAAAACCUGGCCCUCUUCCUGUCUACCUUCCUGUCUGCUCACGUCAAGCUUGUCGAAAAUCAAGCCAACCGCGACGUUAUGCUCACCGCUCACUUUUACCUCGUCAAGAUAUCUACUGUCGACGAGCGGGAAAUCUUCAAAAUUUGCCUCGAGUAUUGGUCAAAGCUGGUGGCGGAGCUCUACGAAGAGAUUCAGCAGCUUCCGAUCCACGACAUGAACCCUCUCGUGACCUUGAAUAUUUCGGCAGGAUUGGCAAACGGCGGUGCGGCUCAUCCCAACUUGCUUGCCAACAUGCCACUUCGCAAGCACAUGUACGCGGAAGUUCUCUCAAACUUGCGUGUCGUUAUGAUUGAAAAGAUGGUGAGACCAGAGGAGGUCAUGAUUGUGGAGAAUGAUGAAGGCGAAAUCGUACGGGAAUUUGUCAAGGAGUCCGACACCAUCACCCUCUACAAGAGCAUGCGAGAAUGCCUGGUGUAUUUGACACACUUGGAUGUGAUCGAUACAGAAAUGAUCAUGUCUGAAAAGCUGUCCCGCCAGGUCGACGAGUCGGAGUGGUCAUGGAACAACCUCAACACUCUUUGCUGGGCCAUUGGUUCCAUCUCAGGUGCCAUGAAUGAAGAGACUGAGAAGCGCUUUCUGGUCACAGUCAUCAAAGACUUGCUUGGUCUCACGGAAAUGAAGCGCGGCAAGGACAACAAGGCGGUUUGCGCUUCCAACAUCAUGUACAUUGUUGGCCAAUACCCACGGUUCCUCAAGGCGCACUGGAAAUUUCUCAAGACUGUCGUCAAUAAGCUAUUUGAAUUUAUGCACGAGACACACGAGGGGGUGCAGGACAUGGCUUGUGACACAUUCAUCAAGAUCGCUCAGAAAUGCAAAAGACACUUUGUCGCUCAGCAGACUGGUGAGCAUGAACCAUUCAUUGAUGAGAUUAUUCGCAGCCUGCACAAGAUCACAUGUGACCUAUCUCCACAACAAGUGCAUACCUUUUACGAGGCGUGUGGCCACAUGAUUUCUGCACAACCUCAAAAGCCCAUUCAGGAACGGCUGAUUGCUGAGCUGAUGGCAUUGCCAAAUAGCGCGUGGGACAACAUUAUUGCACAAGCUGGGCAGAAUAUCGAAGUGCUCAACAAUAACGAAACAAUCAAGAUUCUGGGUAACGUUCUCAAGACUAAUGUUGCAGCGUGCUCUUCAAUUGGACCCUACUUCUAUCCACAAGUGGCACGUAUCUACAUGGAUUUGCUAGGACUGUACAAGGCAGUGAGUCAGGUUGUCUCUGAUACUGUAGCAGCACAAGACGCGAUUGCGACCAAGACACCCAGAGUGCGUGCAUUGCGCACGAUUAAGAAGGAAGUGCUCAAGUUGAUUGAAGCCUACGUCGAGUGUGCGGACGAUCUGUCGUCAGUGAGCAACAAUCUGAUCCCUCCUCUUCUUGAGGCAGUCUUGUCAGACUACAACCGAAACGUGCCGGACGCGAGGGACGCCGAGGUGCUCAACAUGAUGGCUGCUGUCAUUAGCAGACUCGGUGGGCUCAUUACAGACAAGGUGCCUGCAAUCAUGGAUGCGGUGUUUGAGUGCACGCUUGAAAUGAUUAAUAAGGACUUUGCUGAGUUUCCUGAGCAUCGUGUCGCAUUUUUCAAGUUGCUCAGAGCCAUCAAUUUGCAUUGCUUCACAGCCCUGCUCAGCUUGCCUCCGCAAAAGUUCAAGCUCGUCAUUGACAGUCUAUGCUGGGCGUUCAAGCACACGAUGCGGGACAUUGCCGAGACGGGCCUCAACAUUUGCCUCGAGCUCAUCAACAAUAUCGCAGCGGCCGAUCAGAAUAUUGCGAAUGCGUUCUACCAGUCCUUCUUUUUGCUGCUUCUGCAGGACAUCUUCUUUGUCCUUACAGACAGCGACCACAAGUCUGGCUUCCGCAUGCAGAGUGUCAUUCUAGCUCGCAUGUUUGGCUUGGUCGAGUCGAAUGCCAUCGCCGCUCCACUUUAUCAACCGAAUCAGGUGCAGAAUCCAUCGACCACAAAUGCGCAGUUCUUGCGUGAUUAUGUCGUCAGCUUGCUACAGAAUGCCUUCCCGCACCUGCAGCUUGUUCAGAUUCAGCAAUUUGUGCAGGGUCUCUUCUCCCUCAACCAGGAUCUACCAAAGUUCAAGCUCAACCUGCGCGACUUCCUCAUUAGUAUAAAGGAAUUUGCUGGCGAGGACGAUGUCGAGCUCUUCCAGGAGGACAGAGAAACAGAGAUUGAGGAGAGACAGAAGGCAGAGCGUCAAAAGGCAAUGCAGGUACCUGGUAUGCUCAAGCCUUCACAAUUGAAUGAGCCAGAGGAGGAGCUUUGA